AUGGCACGUCAGGCCGAUCCAGAUCUCAUGGCGAGAUACAUGAAAGCUCUGCAGAGACGUACAGAGGGCGACACACAUCAAGAUCAUGCAGCUGAGACUCCCCAGCAACCUCGGUCCCCGGCUUGUCCCCUGAGACCUCAGUCCAAGGAGCCACUUCUGCAUUCACAGUCCCAGGAACGUCCUGAUUUAGAUACCGCUGUGAUCAGCAGGCCUCAACCAGAAGUGCCUGUCCCAACUUACUCACACGUAGCGCACUCUCCGCCGACGUCCCACGGUGCCCUCCCGGCUGCCACGCCGGUCGCUGUGACGAACAACUACGUGAACGGAGAUAUGAACAUCCACCAAGAAGAUCAGCACAACUACCAAGCCGAUGGUAAGAGACACAACACCACCAAUGCCGACGAUGCAACCGGCCGUCCCGGCUUGCUCGGUAGACUUGGCGACUUUGCUGGCUUCCUUCUUCGCCAUUGGCGGAUGACUAUUUCUGCAGUCCUCCUCUGCCUGCUGUCUCCAGCCAACCGCAAGCUGUGCCUGAAUGAGGAGUACCGCCUCAUCGCCCGGAACAUCCCCCGCGUCGCCGACCUCUGCGCGGGUUUUCCGUCUUCGACCGCGGUUCUAGAAGACGCCGCGUUCCCGCCUUUUUGUCGGACAUUCCCCGCCAUCAAGAGCUCACAUGUCUCGACCUCCGUGGCCGCCAUCGCCCGAGAGAUCGUUGUCUUGGGCGACAUGGAGCUCGCCGACGUGGCCAAGGGCGACGGUGUCUGGAAGAACGUCUUCACCGACACGCACCGAAUCGACCGGAACCUCAGGAGAACCAACGAGGCCUACGAGAAGCAGCGGACCACAACCUACAGAGCGCUCCACCGUCUCAACAGGCGCAUCAAGAUCGAGAUUGCGAGGAUGGAGGAACCCGUGAGCGGCUGGUAUGCUUGGACUCCGGACUGGCUGGUCGUUCUUUGGACCGGCCGCAGGGACCAGGCUGUGACCUUGAACCUCCUGGACGAGCUUGAGAGCCUCGCGAUGGAUGCACGGGCGCAGCGCAAGGCGCACUGGGAUGAUCUUCAUGCCAGCGGACUCGGCGCUGGAGACUUCGACGCUGUUGUGGGGGAUCUUCGCAGCUUUGCGACUGACAUUGCUGUCGAGAAGAAGUCGCUUGCAGUCCGUGGCGAUGCGGAUGGCAAUCACGAUGGUGAUGAUGAAGAUGUGGAGAAGAGAAGAGCCGCCGCUGAGUCGAGUGAGGCUGGUGUUUGCAUGGUGCGCCAGGUGAUGCUGGACGUCUCUGCGGCGCACUCGGCCUUUCUUGUGAGCCUUGACAGGGAGAUACAUCACCUCGGAGAACUCAUUGAGAUGACAGUACCGACGCUCCGGGGCAAGGCGCGAGACGCAUAUGGAAAGCGAGAAGGUAUGUUGCUUGUGCUACGUCAAGUUCAGGAAGAGACGGAGUCUUGGUUCAGGGUCAUGCCCGCCUGGGAAUGUGCGGAUAAUUCUGAUUAUUCGAACCACAAGUUCAUUAUGUCGAGACCUUUCCACCCUUCGUUAAACGACAGCCUCGCAGGCCCAGACGUACGAACUCGGUACAAAGCAAGACUGUCAGCACAGAACCCAACAGCUUCAGGAGGAGCUUGUGCAUCUGGCGAUGGAGGGUCGUUUCCGGAAAGGAUGAUCGGGAAAUCGUGGACCCCUGUUGGCGCCGUGGUCAUUGCCCUAUUGGCGUUUACCUUCUGGCCUCGGACCCCGUCACCCAAGCCAGUGCCAGUGCCUGCGAAGAACGAGAAGGGGGAGAUGUCCAAGGAGAUCGCCGACAUCUGCGCCAUCGAGGCAGCCGUCGUAUCUCACGUGCCCUCACACGAACAACCACCGACCUUCUUUGAGCUCCUCGGCCUCGAUCCCUACAGCCACCCCUUCAGUCCGCCCGGGUCCAGCACACAACGGGGCGCCGCCGGGGCCGCCAAGGCUGCCGCUGCGGAAAAGCUGAUCAAGGACGCCUGGCUGCGACUUGUGGAGGACGUAGACAAGACGUACAUCACGGUCGAAAUCAUCGGGGAGCGGGGUGCGAGAGAGAGCACCGAGUCUGGAGUCACCCAAUUCAUCAGCUACAAGGAUGUGCGUUCGAAGGUCAAGCUUGAACGUCUCUCGGCGGACAUGGAAGCGCUGAGAAGACUUUAUAACCAGGUGGCUCAGCUUUUGAUGGACCCCGGAUUCCGUAGCACGUACAUACAUUACUUUAUGCCUGGAGAGCAGCUCUACAAGUCUGAGAUCAAGAAGGACCUUCAGCAGGGAUGGGUGCACAACCGGAGAGCCAAGGUGGGUGAGGUUUGCGGAUGGGAUGAGGGAGACGGACAAAAGUAG